CACACGAGAGAAGAAAAGAAACCCACAAGUGAAAAUUUUUCCGCUGGAACGUGUCAAUCGGGCCAUGGAAGGUGAAUUCAAUUCAAGCCAUUUGUUUGUUGUUUUUGUCUAAGGUGUUUUCUUUUCAAAGAAUGAUUAUUGGAUGAGGGUUUUAAUUUUUGUUUAAUUUCAAAAUUCUUAAAGAAAGUGAAGCAUUACUAGAAAUAAAUAUCGAUAUCUAAUGCAAAUUAUGCCUUUUAUGCAUGUGGGGUGGGAUAGUGCAGUGGGUGCGAUUAAGUUUGUAUGGAAAAUAGAGAAUUUCUUGAAGCUUGAUUCACACAAGCUCUAUUCAGACGUCUUCUCCGUUGGAGAUUACAAAUGGCGGAUACUUAUGUUCCCCAAGGGCAACAAAAAUGAAGAUCAUUUGUCAAUUUAUCUGGGAGUUGCAGAUUCGGGGAUUUUGCCCUUGGGUUGGAGUCGAAAUGCAAAAUUCUCCCUGACUGUCUCGAACCAAAUUGAUAAAAGAUCAUCAGUUAAAGGAGCUACACAGCAUAACUUUAAUGCAGAUAAAGAUGACUGGGGGUUCACUAAAUUCAUUCCCCUUGAAGAAUUGCAUGAUCUUGGAAAGGGUUAUUUGGUGGAAGACACAUGCAUAAUUAAGGCUGAUGUUACCAUAUUCAGCGAUGGGACGCAAGGCUCAAGUAAAGAGACCAGUAAUCAGAUAGCUACCACCGGAUGUAAAAUUGCUACCAAAAGCUCGACUGAAGAAGACAUUGGUGCAUUCUUUUUGGAUUUGGAGUCUGAGAUUUCUAGCAGUAACAAUCUUUCUUCAAAACAUGUUCUGGAAGAAGCUCUGACAGUGAUAAGGAACACCUUGAACAUGGAUCCAGCUCACUCAAAUGAUCCAGGGAGAAAUUCUAAAAUAAAAACUGCUUUUGAUGUUUUAUCUUCUUUUGAUGAUUGUUCUGUACUUACAGCUGAGCAAAAGGAAGAAUUACUAACCACGAAGGAAAAGUUUGUUGACCUGCCUGAGAGAGCAGCAAAAGCAGCUAAGGAUAAGAAUCUGUUUACACACAAGGAAUAUGUUAAGAGGACGCUUGGUUGCAAACUAGAGAGGUGUCUAACUGAGUUUAAAAAGGCUAAGGAAGAAACCGAACAGCAGGAACGGAACAUUGCCACUCUCUGGGAGCGAGUUAACUUCCUCUAUGCCGAAGUUGGCGACGCAGAAAAGAAGAAAGCCAAUUUCUCAUCCAAACAGAAAGAAAUGUUUGAACUUUCCAAGGACUUGAAAGCUGAACUUGAUGUGUUAGAAAAGCAAUGGCCAGAGUAUGAAGCAACGAUGAAGACUGCUGAAGAGGAGGAGAAGAUGGUUGGUACGGAAUGGCUAAAAAUGAAAAAUUUGUUCAAUCUCUAAAGAAACCUUUUUUACGCAUUUGGUAUGUAGCAUUACUAAUAUGUAAGAACUAAGAAGUGCCAUGUUAAUGUUUUUUUUUUGUUGAAUAUUUCGUUUGGAAAUCAAUGUUCCAAAACUAU